UGAAAACACUUGACUUCAUCGUCCCGCCCAUUCACGCGUUUCCUAGGAAGUGCACGGCGCGCUCCACACACACUUUGCGAUCGUUUGUAGAGAUUCCACUCUCCCUGCUUCUUUAACACAAUGGAAGUCAACAGAAAAGACAGAACAUUCCUCAUAACCGGAGGAGGAGGAUAUUUGGGAUUCCGUCUUGCCUGUGCUCUCUUCAAAACCUCCUCGAACGUUAUGCUGCUUGAUGUGAGACCACCAAGCCAAGAGUUGCCCGAGGGUAUCAUAUUCAUGCGGGCAGAUAUCCGCGACUACACUCAGGUGGAAAAAGCAGUUCGGGGUGUGAACUGCGUGUUCCACAUCGCCUCCUACGGGAUGUCGGGACGGGAGCAGCUCAAUCGAAAACUCAUCGAAGAAGUGAACGUACAGGGAACGGAGAACAUCCUCAGGGCUUGCGUGGCACACGGAGUCCCUCGUUUGGUUUACACGAGCACGUACAACGUAGUGUUUGGAGGUCAGGAGAUUAAGGACGGCGAUGAAAGUCUUCCUUACUUGCCCCUGCACCUGCACCCUGAUCACUACUCCAGGACUAAGUCUAUAGCUGAGAUGCAGGUGUUAAAAGCAAAUGGUUCGCCUCUGAAUAACAGCGCAGGUGUGCUACAGACUUGCGCCCUGCGUCCAGCUGGUAUAUACGGCCCUGGUGAGGAAAGGCACUUGCCUAGAAUAGUUAGUUACAUUGAGAACGGGAUCUUUAGGUUUGUUUACGGGGAUCCUGGUAGUCUGGUGGAGUUUGUUCAUGUGGAUAAUCUAGUGUCCGCGCACAUGUUAGCUGCCGAGGCCUUAACUGAAAAGCGUCAGCAUCGUGCCGCCGGUCAGCCCUACUUUAUCUCCGACGGAAGGCCUGUUAACAACUUUGAGUUUUUCAGGCCUCUGGUGGAGGGUCUGGGAUACUCGUUCCCCACGCUUCGCCUGCCCAUAUCACUUAUUUACCUCUUUGCCUUUCUGACCGAGAUGGUUCAUCAUAUCGUGGGGCGGAUUUAUAACUUCCAACCCCUGCUGACCCGUACUGAGGUCUACAAGACGGGCGUCACACACUAUUUCAGUAUGCGUAAGGCACGAGAAGAGCUGGGAUACGAGCCUAAACCGUAUGACCUGGAAGAUGUUGUGCAAUGGUUUCGAGGCAGAGGUCAUGGGAAGAAGCGCAUCCAGUCAUCAGUUAAGAAACUAAUUUUAGAUGUUGUUUUGGUGGUUGCGUUUGCAGCAGUGGUGCUCUCCUGGUUUCCGGUUGUGGGACAGUGAAAUGUGCAAUGGUCUUCACUUCUGUGCCUUAUGUGAGGCUUAUACUGACCUGCAUUAAUAUGUUCAUAUUAAUGCACAUGAGGGAUGUUAUGUUGAAAAAUGUUGUAGAGAGGCACAAAUAAGCUGAUAAAUGUUUGAUUUUAUUUCCACUCUUUGAAGGGCAGCGUCCUUAAAGAGUUUAGGGUAAACACAUUUUUUAGACUUUAAACAAUAUUAACAAUAUUAAAACCUUUUCAUAAAAAAAAAAAUAAUAAUAAUAAUAAAAAUAUGCAUUUUUUGGUAAAAACAAAUGGUUAACCAGCAAGACUGUGUUUGCUAUAUGUAAUGUUUUUUUUUUUUUUCAGUACAAAAUUAAAUAAAUAAUAAUAUUUAAAACAUUGCAGGAAUUUCAAAAUGUCUUUAGUGUGUCUUCAUUUGCUGUUCUGACAGCGAACAAAACCUGAUGAUCGUGUUCUCCAGCAUGAUUUGAGAUGAUCCGAACGUCCGAAGAUCUUGAAAUGCUUCAUGGAGAGCAAGAAAAUCUGAUCGUCACACAAUCAAUGUUUCUUGUUUAAUUACAUUUGACUAAUCAUAUAGAAAUAGUGCACAAUCUGAAAUAUUUGUAUUUUUUGUGUCAUAUCUUUGCUUAAAAUUGCAUUUAUGCAUUUUGUUAUUCAGAGGAACAUUGCGUGUGUUUUCUGAAUUCAUGCAUUCCCUGAGAAUCGAACUCAUGUUUGCACUGAAACACCAAAAUCCUGAAACUUACAGUUUAUUUCUAGGUGCAUGUGAAAAACUAUCCCAGAUUUUCAGUGUAGUGUGUGUGUAUAUGAUUGUGUGUUUCAAAAAGUGAUGUAAAAGGUUUGAAUUUCAUUGUACAGACAAAAUAUAAAAACAAGUCCGACAAUACUGACUAUUGUUUUAGUAGUUCAAACCAAACAGGCUUCAUUCUGUCAAACAUUUCACUUGAAAAUUGUGCUUGAGCUAUAUUUACAAUAAAUGACUCUUCCUUUGA